GAACGCAAGCGGUAUAGGGUCGCACGGAUAAUAAAACAAGAAAAAUGGUGGUUAUAAAAAACGAACAGAAGAUCUCGGUGCCAGAGUAUCUGAACGAGCAGUUUUUCACGGAUACCCUCGAAGAGGGUCUGAGGGAGUCGAAGGUGACUCUGAAGGAAGUCAACUUUGAGUGGGGCAGCAAUCCGGGGGACAACUACUGCUCGGCUAUCUACCGGGUUGGACUCAAGUUCGCAAAAUGGCUCGAUGGAAAGGAAUCCGCGGCAACAGAGGUACUCUCGGUGAUUGUAAAGACCAUUCCGAUAAGUGAAGCCACCCAGUUUCUGGAGGACGUCAAUGUGUUUAUCAAAGAGAAGCAGACCUACACCGAUAUCUUGCCCCGUUUGGAUAUCCUGAGUCGUGGCGACACAUUUGGUGCUAAAUACUAUCACUCUGUGAAGACUCCAGUUCAGACAAUAGUCUUCAGCGACCUCAAAGUGGAGGGUUACAAGGUGGCCUCUCGAGAGGCAGGUCUCGACUGGAACCACGCCUCCCUGAUUCUUCAGCAGCUGGGAAAGUUCCAUGCCACAUCCAUGGUUCUCGCCAAGAAGGAUCCGGCCAUUGUAAAGCAGUACACCCGAGGCAUGCUCAGCAAAGAGACUCUAAUGAAAAGCGAUACCUUUGAGGAAAUGUUUGGAGGUUUUCUCAAGGGUCUCAUCAAAAGCACCACUGGUUGGUCCGGUUUUGAGAAGAUAAGCAAGAAUCUUCAGCGUCUUUUGGAUAACUUUCGGUCCGUUUGCGUGGCUGCAGCCAAGCCAAAGAAGGGGGAUCGAUAUGUGGUGCUCAACCACGGUGACAUGUGGACCAACAACUUUAUGUACGCCUAUGAGAAGGUUUUGGAGCCUGCGGUUCCCACACGUGCUAUCUUUGUGGACUUCCAGCUGAGCUUUUACGGUAGUCCAGCAUGCGAUCUCAACUUCUUCCUAAACACUAGCAUUAAGUUGGAGUUGCUAAAGGAGCGCCGCGACGAUCUCAUUAAGGUUUACUACGCCGCCUUCAAGGACGCUCUGGAGUACGCCCGCUUCGAGGACAUUCCCACCUUCGAGGACCUGCAAUACGAACUGCGCAGCCGCGAAACCUACGGGCUCUUCGGCUUGUUCGCCUUUCUGCCCAUGAUCACCAUGCCCAAGGAACUGGCCCAGGACAACAGCAUUGAGAACAUGCAGGACGAGGCCUUCAAGCAGCGCAAGAUGGACGCCAUUUUUUCGCAGAAGUUUUUGAAUGACCACCAGAAGUGGGCCCUGCAGCGAGCCGAAUCCCUUGGCGUCUUCGGAGACUAUUAAGGAGUUGGGGUUAGUUAACCUUUGUGAUAUAAAUUGAGUUGAUGGCUUAUUGUUUUCAAAAGUUGUUAAUAAACAAAUUUCUACUUCAAAA